AUGGCUGUGGAAAGCAUGACUGUCCAUCCAAACUCCCCAACUACCAACCACGAACACAACAGUCUCCUGACUGACGAAAGGCCGGAGGAUGGGGAGCUGGAGGAGGGCGAGCUGGAGGAUGAUGGGGGAGAGAUGGAGGAGGAGAAGAUUGGAGGCGGGUUCGUAGGAGGAGGAGGAGGAAGUGCAGAAGGAGGCGAUGACGGAGGCGGUGGCGGCGAUGGCGGAGGGGAAGCGACUGCAGAGAGGACCCGACGGAGCAGGGAACGCCACGGCAGCAGCGAGUCGGACGAUGAGAGAGCCCACCGCCGCAAGAGGAAGAGGAAGAAAGAAAAGGAACGGGAGAAGAGGAGGGCAAAGAAGAAACGCAAAUCCAAACACAAACGUCACGCCUCGUCUGAUGAUGACCACUCAGACUACAGCGACGAGUCUGACUACAGCCCCAGCGAGAAGAGGAAGUACCGCGAGUACAGCCCCCAGUACCCCCCCUCUUCUCAUGGCUAUGGAGGCUCAAAGAAAGGCGGCUACAUGAAGAUGGACAAGCAGAGCUACGGAGGCUACGACGACUACGACGAUGACAACUACGAAGGAGAGGAAGACGAGGACAUGGGGGAUGAAGACUACGACGACUUCACCAAGGAGCUCAACCAAUACCGCAAGGCCAAGGAGGGAGGAGGCCGCGGGGGGAGAGGGGGCAAAGGUCGUAUGAAGAACCAGCGAGGCCGUGGAGGAAUGAGGGGAGGGCGGAGAGGAAGAGGAGGAAGCCGAGGAAGAGGAGGCCGAGGAGGAAAGAUGGGAGACGAUGAUGGAGAUGGAUACGGAGAUGACAUGGAGUAUGGAGAGGAUGACUAUGACAACAUGGGGGACGAUGACUACGACGACUACUCAAAAGAACUCAAUCAGUACAAGAAAUCCAAAGACAGAGGCAGAGGAGGUAAAGGUGGCCGUGGUCGCGGUAGAGGGAAAGGAAUGCGCGGUAUGAUCCGAGGAGGAAAAGGCCGAAACCGAGGCCGAGGAAGAGGAGACAUGGGAAACGACGAUGACAACAACGGAGACAUGGACAACGGGGACGGAUGUGGAGGUGCAGAUGGUGGACCUGGAUCAGGAAGGAGAAACCAGAACGAUAAGCACCAGGAUAAGAAAGGAAAGGCCAUCUGCAAGUACUACAUAGAGGGCAGAUGUACCUGGGGGGACCACUGCAACUUCAGCCAUGACAUUGAGCUGCCAAAGAAGAAAGAGCUGUGCAAGUUCUACAUCACUGGAUUCUGUGCCCGAGCUGACCACUGUCCCUACAUGCAUGGUGAAUUCCCCUGUAAGUUGUUCCACACCACAGGAAACUGUGUCAACGGUGAUGAGUGUAUGUUCUCCCAUGACGCCCUCAACGAUGACACACAGGAGCUGCUCAACAAGAUGUUGGCAGAAGAUGCUGAGGCUGGAGCUGAAGAUGAGAAGGAGGUGGAGGAGCUGAAGAAACAGGGGAUCAACCCUCUCCCCAAACCCCCUCCUGGAGUGGGCCUCCUCCCCACCCCCCCUCGGCCCAUUCCUGUAGACGCAAACGCUGCAGCCUCGGGGGACUUCAGCGUGCCUCCACCCAGUGACUUUGGGGGUCACCCUGGACCCAACCAGGGGAUCAGCAUCAGCAAAUGUCCACCAGGCCCAGGACCUGGACCUGUCCCUGUCCCUGGGCCUAAUCCCUGCACUGCCCCUCCAGUCCAUCCACCUGAGGGAAGUCCUUACCAAGGAGGACCGCCAAAUCCCAGUGUCCCUCCUCCCCACAUGGGACCCCCACCUCCUUGUGGAGGAGGGGGAGGCAACAAGAAAAUCCCAUCGCUCUUUGAGAUUAAAGUCCAACCAACAGGACAGCUGGCUCAGAAACUGGCAGUGAGAAGCCAGACCCCUGCCACCACCCAAAGUCAGACUACAGCACCUGGAGCCCAAGUGGCCCCCGGCGCCCCCCCAACUUGCUUCCCUGCUCCCCCAGGCAUGAUGUCCCCCGACAUGCAGGCGAUGGGCCCCAACCUUGGAAUGAACCAGGGGCCUCCCGCCAUGGGACCUGGUGGAGCUCCCAUGAUGGGAGGAUUCUCAGGGGAUGGCCCCCCAGGUAUGCCCCCAGGUGCCGCUCAGGGUGGGGCCAACUUCUUCAACAACUUCUUCAAUCAGCAGGAAGGGAUGAACAUGGAAGGGGUGGUGCAGGAAGGAGACAACUACCAGGGCUUCUCUGGCAUGGACGACAGAGGAGCUGCAGGGAAAUUUGGGAAUCAGUCAGGCGGCCCAGAAGGUUCUGCUAACGGAACUUCAGCAGGUCAUGGAGGGAUUUCAGUGCCCGACUUCUUGCCUCCGGCGCAGAGAGUCCUGUUCAUGAGGAUCCAACAGAAGCAGCAGGAGGAGGAGGAAAGAGCUCGUAGGAUGGCAGAGGGAGGAGCCGAGAAGAGCAGGGAAACAGAAGGUGACUCAGGGAACUGGUAUUCCAGUGAGGAUGAGGAUGGGGGCGGUAGUGUGACCUCCAUCCUAAAGACACUCCGUCAGCAGACCCAGCCUCCUCAAAAACCAGAUGGACCCCCAAUGGACCCUCGUCUCCAAAAGGCGUCUGCUGCCAACCCCCCCUCUCGGCCGGCAGACCCCCGCUUGGCUCGGGACCCGCGGCUCGCCCGUGCUGCCGAGUCCGAGUCCGCCCACUCUAUCCCUGCUCCGUCAUCAUCUGGACCCCCCGCCGACCCCAGGUUAGCCAGGUUAGCUGCUGCAGCCUCUGCUUCCUCCGCCCCCCAUCCUCCCUCUGGUCAUAAACCAGAGCCUCCGCUGGUCUACAAACCCCCCCCUCUCACGGCCCCGGCAGUAGAGGAGGAGGACACAGAGCGUGUCCUCCGGGACAAGCCUGUGCCCAUUCCUCUGGACCCUCUGAUGGGCAUGGCUCUGAGAGACCCCCGCUCACAGCUGCAGCAGUUCAGCCACAUCAAGAAGGACACAGUCCUCCACAUGCCGGCCUUCUCCAAAACCAUCACCUGGUCCCCCGAGGACCUGCUCCCACUCCCCAUCCCCAAACAGGACCUCCUCCCGCUCCCACCCGGCAUCCCCCCCAUCUCGUCCCUGGGCCCUCGUCUGUCCCGUGCCCAGCAGCAGCUCCACACGGCCCUCCCUCACACGCAGCCCCCUCCCAUCCCGCCUCCUCCUUCCUUGGAACCCCCCUCGUCCUCAUCAGGCUCCUCCCUCCCGGAUUUUGAGCUGCUGUCUCGGAUACUGAAGACUGUCAACUCCAGCCCGUCCCAGACCCCCCCCACCUCCUCGUUGUCAACUCCUACAGCCCCCAUGCUGCUGGGUCAGACCUCCCCUGUUCCCUCUGCUUCUGCAGAGAAGCCCGUAGACCCCCGCGUGUCUCGUAAAGGCCCCACAGACCCCCGGCUUCAGCCGCAGAAGUCUGCACUGAAGCAGCCCUCAGAGCCGGCACCUCCCCCCGUCUCCUCUGCACCUCCUGCAACGACGUCCUGCUCCUCCCCUCCUGCCAUUGCACCCUAUGACCCCAGGUUGCUGUCUUCAGGAGGGGCGGGGCGCAGCGUGGGGGCAGGGGCACCCGGGGGCGCCAGCGUACUGAGCAGCAUCAGCUUGUACGACCCUCUGACUAACAAACCAGGCAGCCCCGGGGCCGGCAGCGGCUCGCCCAACUCCGAGUCUAAAUCCAGCGACCCCUCCUCAGGUAAACCCAAGUCCAAGGAGCCCCUGUUUGUCCGUAAGUCGGCAUUGGACCAACCAGAACCUGAGAAAACCGGAGAGCAAGGCACAGAUCGAUACAACAGCUACAACCGGCCCCGGCCUAAGCCUGCGCCCUCGCCGAACUCCACAGCCCAGGGGGGGGUGUCUGGGGCAGCAGCGGCAGCAGGAGGUCAGGGUCCCUCUGGGGCCACCGGAGACCAGGGGCCCGCGGGCGUUCACAACCUACCGGUGCCGUCUCUGUUCGGCGUGGUGAAACAGGCAGCCAAGCCCAGCGGGACAGGGAGCCCCUUCGGCGGGAGCAGCCCCGCCCAGUCGGACCCGGCAACCACAGAGCAGGACAAUGCCUCACUGAAGGACGUUUUCAAAGGCUUCGACCCCACGGCCUCGCCGUUCUGCCAGUGACCCCAGCCUCUUUAACGCUGACUGUGGUCGGACUUUGGCUUAUUUUAACAUUUGUGGACACUGAAGAAACCAGUGAAAAGAAAAAGACGCCUGAAAGACUGAGACGAGAACGAACUGAUGUCACUAGUUUCACAUAUACAUAAAAAUCACACUUUACCAUAGUGUCGAAGAUUUAGAUUCUAUAACAGACUGUCGGGUUACGGGAGGGUUUGAGUCAAAUCUCUAAUUCUAUUUUAAACAAACUUAUUGAUGUAUAAAUAAAUGUAUUCUCUUCAUCUCAGUGCUCGAUGAAAACUGUUCAGACGGCGUCAAAAACACAUUUAUAUGGAAUUUUAGCUUCACAUCUUUUUCUUUCAUUUCUCUGCGUUUUUUUGUUCAUCCGCUCAUCUUCAGACUGUUUGACGUGCUUGUCAGUAUUCAGGGCAGUGAAACUCCGCCCUGUUAUCAGCGUAUUUCCUUGUUUUUGUGAUUAAACCAACAACACUGAACUCCUUUAGAAAACAGUUUGCCUUUCACUGUCACCUUUGACCUCAUCCAUACAUUUAGUCAUCGUUCACUCAAACACAUCACACUUUCAGCACAAACAGCUCAACCUAAAUCUAUAUUCUGCUUGAUUUUUCUGUUUUUUAGUAUUUAUUUUUCUACUUCUUUGCACUGUUUGUGUCCUGAGAGUUGUACUAAUGUUUUUAAUCCAUAACCUCUUCAUUUGCAGUUUAAUUUCAGAAAAUGACUCUGAGCUUGUUCUAACAGGAAAUGACCUCUGACCUUCACUUCCCCUUCUCUGUCCUCAUACGACUGCGGUUCAUUUGACUCAUUUUUCCUCUUCGAGCUGCUUCACAAAUGCAGCUUCUGUAGCUUUAAAAUGGAAUCUGACGACUGAACAUCCUCAUUCCUCAUGUCCAAGAGGAGAUCUUAGGCUGCAGGGAUAUUUCUCUAGUUUUUGUUCACCUCCAGUACAACUAUCGCCAGGGUCGGACUGAACAAUAUCAGCCCAAAUGUGACGACUUCUGAUCGGUGAAGGACAUCCGUUUGGGACAUGUCUGAAUGUCUCCAGGCUAGUUUCUGAUCAUUCUGUUAGCAGUGCAUCAUAGAGCUGUAAUCACUGGAGGAUUCACAGGUCAACCUGCCCUCGCCAACGACCCAAGACUGAGCAACCAGUAUCACAGAGGAACCGCUGUGUUGUUUUCCAGUCAGACCACAGUAGAAGCCUGUAGUUUCAUGGUCACCUGAUACCAAUGUAACCAUGGUUAAAACAACAAUCUGGCCAACAGCUGACGUUGAUACUGAUGUGUUUAUUUGGCUUUUUUUUUUCGUUUCCAUGACGUCUCAGUUGACAUCAGUAGACGUGUUUCCACAAACUCAUCCAAUGCACAAUUUGAUAUUUUGCAUCGGAAAAUGUUUGUGGAAACAAGCAAAAAAAGUGUUGUUUUUUUUUGCCAAACAGUAAAUUCGCAUAGAAGAAAUGGAAACUUUUUUUUGAACAAACAUUUAAGUCACAUGACUGAUCAGCUGUUCGUCUUCCAGAUUUUCUGAUAAAGUGAAAAAUGUCAGGUCCAACUGCUCUUGAUGAGACUGAAUUAUUCCGCUGACUCACCCAUGAGCCAUUUAGAUGAAAACAACAACUUAAUGGUUGACUUGUUCUACUUUGUUAAUUCCAGCCCUGUGUAAUGGAGCCUACGGCGCCUCCUGCUGGAGAUUAUUCACUGUGGAUCACUUCAUGGAAGCGCGGAAUUUGUAGUUUUGAUUUUGCAACUUCUGAAUUUUACUUCCAAUUUGCUGAACACUUUAGGCAAAGACAACCAGCGAUUUUCACUUAAAUUCAUUACUUUAGUUUUUACACUUAUUAUAAAGACAUGGGACUUUGGAGAUUCACAUGGUUUCAUUAUGACCUGGACUGGAACGGAACUGAAUUUGAUGAUGAUUCGAUAAUAGAUAAAUAUUGUGAAAAAAGGUAAAUGACACGCACAUCCAAAAUUAGAGGUGUGCAGGAUCGCAAAAAGUAGAACGUGAAAAAAUAAAGGAAGGUCCGCACAACCUGUGAGCUCCCAAACCAGUCUGAUGAAGGGCCUCGGCCCAAAACAUCACCAAUAGAUAAAUAUUGAUCAUUGAUACUGGUGAACGUCAUUUUAUUUCUGAUGGCGUCAAAAAGCCAAAAUACUGAGUCUAGACCUAAGAGAAACUCCAUAAACCUCUAUCAUCCAUCACUUCCUUCUUCCAUUUUGCAGUUUGAGCUGCAAAAGUCCAUAGUACAUUCAUAGUUUUUUUCACAUUUAUCCAUGUCAUCAAAGGCAUAAACACAUCAGCAUUAGACUUCGACUCUACAAUCACUGAUGAUUAAAAGAAAACAUUGCACUGUGUGAACUUGACAGACGAAUAGGAUGCUUUAAUUCACCGUCUCCAUCUGGUUCAUUGUUUUAUUAAACUUGGAGUCGUCUGAUUGGUCGGUGGAAUCACGACGGUCGCUGCAGGCUUUGGGCUGUAGUCGUCUGACAAUCAUAAACCAGACUUGGACCUAAAACUGAACCAGGAAACUUGUCUUAACCCGCUCUUCAUUUGAUAAAUAGACUGAACCCAUUUUCCCAGAUUCACAGUUCAUGUGGGAAACAAUCAUGUAGGUGUUUAUCGCCUUCACUGAACAGGGUCUAGAUCAUUCCCAUGUCAUCACUCACCUAAAACCUGAACUGGAGUCUGUAGAUGUUCUACACAAAGCCCCAGACAUCAGGAACGUCGUCAACCCUCUUGUAAAAAAGACAAAAAUAGAAAAAAAAUGUUGAUCAUUUUAAUUUAUUUUUUAUACUCGGGUAAAUUUACUUCUUCACUUAAGGUUCUAUGAUGCAGGCGGGCUGUAACUGUGUGGACAGAGCAGAAAGACUUAUUUUUUUAUUUGGUUUUGUGUAUAAAGAUUCAUCUUAACAAGAAGAAAUAAUCACUAUCGGCUUAAUUCCACCAGGACGUUGAACCCUGGGUGGAGUGUUGGCACAAAGUGUGAACGUUGUUGUUGAUUCACUCUUUGCUUUACAGUUUUGUUGUUUUUGUAAAUGUGUUGUAUGUUUUUUUUUUUUUCUUGCCAUGUACAUUUGAGGAGUUGCAUCGUGGAAGGGGUGGAGUUUUCUAACUGUACACUGUAGGUGAGGUUGUCAAAGUAUUUAAAUAAAGUUGACACGUGAUCAACCAGG